UAUCUUAGCCAUCAUCAACAUAUUUUGGUCAUGGCAAUAGAUCAUGAGUCAAGGAUUACUCUCCGGCCAUUCAAAGAAAGUGAUGCUGACGAUGUGUUAUUGUGGGCAAGUGAUGAAAGAGUCAUGCAAUAUAUGCGAUUGGAGUUAUGUAAAUCAAGGGAACAAGCUUCGAAUUUCAUAAAAAAUGAUUGCAUUUACCCAUUCCAACAAUCAAUAUGUCUUAAUGAUCACUCUAUUGGAAUUGUUUUUGUCCUUCCUUAUCCUGAUGCAAAGUUUAAAGCAGAUUUAGGUUAUGCUAUUGGGUUUAACUAUUGGGGCCAAGGUGUAGCCACCAAAGCAGUGAAGAUUCUUUUGUCUUGUGUAUUCCAAGACUUUCCUGAUUUGGUAAGGUUGCAGGCUAAUACUCGUCCAGACAACAUAGCUUCUCAAAGACUGUUGGAAAAGGUUGGUUUCCAAAGGGAGGGAUUGUUCAGAAAGGGUAUUUAUAACAAAGGGAAUGUAGAGGAUUUCUGUAUUUUUAGUUUCUUGUCUACCGAUGAAAUUCCUCAUGCUAAGGGUUGAUUAGUUAUUGUUUGUAGUAAUAGACCACUUUCUCUCAAAAGUUACGUUGUUGUUUUGAAUGUAUUAUAUCAAUUUGAAUGAAUGAAUAUUAUUA